GCUUCAAUGGAUUCACCACUCGUCACCAGUCUCUUCCGACAGCUGUUCUCCCAUCGCGCUUCGCAUUGCCUUGCUCGAGGAGCUCGACCUGCUUUUACGUCCGCCCGCGCUCCGCAAUUCUCACAGCGAGGCAAAGCUACCAAAGCUAUCAACGCUGCACCUAGGGGCUCCAACGCAAGAGCUUCAAAUCUGAGCGUUACCGACCCAAAGAGAGACAGCAAAUGGCAACCCCGAAGAAAUGUUUUCCCGCACGAAAGGAUGGAAGAAUUCGACCGUUACCCGCUGGUCACAGCCGAUAUGCUUAGGAGCCGAAGGGAAAGGCCGCGCAGAGUGAAGAUGCUGCUCAGAGAUUUUGUAGAAGACAGUUUAUACAAUCCAAGCUACGGCUACUUCUCCAAACAGGUCGUCAUCUUCUCACCCGGCGAACCUUUCAACUUCAACAACAUGUCUUCAGAGCAUGAAUUCUUUCAGCAGUUGCGCCACCGAUACACGAGCUUCGAGGAUGCUCUCGAUUUCCAAGAACCGAACGACUUGCGCCAACUCUGGCAUACCCCGACCGAGCUAUUCUCGCCCUACUACGGCGAGGCCAUUGCGCGUUACCUUGUGGAAGACUAUAAAUAUAACUUUUAUCCGUAUCAUGAUCUUAACAUCUACGAAAUGGGAGCAGGAAAUGGUACGACAAUGUUGAAUAUUCUGGAUUACAUACGCGAUAUGCACCCAGAGGUGUAUGAGAGGACAAAGUACAAUGUCAUUGAAAUAUCGAAUCAGCUGGCCAAUCUGCAACAGCAAGGACUUGGUCAGCAUGCUUAUACGAGGGGACACUCGGACAAGGUGGAGAUUGUGAAUCGCUCCAUCUUUGAUUGGAACCAGUAUGUGUCGUCACCAUGUUACUUUCUGGCUUUGGAGGUUUUCGACAACUUCGCACACGAUGCGCUCAAGUACGAUUACCAAACCGGUGCUCCAUAUCAGUCGCACGUCGUUGUUGAUGCGCAAGGCGAGCUUUUCGAGUAUUAUUCUCGCAAAUUGGACCCCGUGGCAACGCAAUUCUUGGAAAGACGACAUGCAGCGUGCCCAACCUAUCCUCAUCCUCUGUCGGGCUCCCGCCUCGUUAAUACGAUGCGAUCUUUGUCGCCAUUUCGGGCAUCUCUAAGCGAACCAGAGUAUAUACCCACACGCCUGAUGCAGUUUUUCUAUACGCUUUACGAGAAGUUUCCAAACCAUAAGCUUGUCAGCAGUGACUUCAACAAAUUGAGCGAUGCCGUGGAGGGUAUCAACGCGCCAGUUGUCCAGACGAGAUAUAGACGGCAGAUGAUUCCAGUCUCCACGCCUCUUGUCCAUCAGGGAUACUUCGAUAUCCUGUUUCCCACCGAUUUUGAAGUUAUAGAGCCCAUGUAUACGGCAAUCACGGGUAGAUUUGCGCGCACGUAUUCGCAUGAAGAUUUCAUGUCUGGACGUGCCGAUCUAGGAGAGACGCAAACGAAAAAUGGGGAGAAUCCGCUGUUGACCUGGUACAAAAACGCAAGUGUUAUGAUCACUGUAUAA